AUGUGAUGUUUUGUUUACUUGGUAUGGAAAGCAACACGUGAAUGACAAAAUAGAAACCGAGUAAAUAAUAUAAAAGUAUCCGCUUACCCUACAUCGUACCCUCAUCAAUAUGGACUAUACUGUUGGGAGCUUAGCAGAUUUGAUAUCCGGUUCCAAUACCCCGAAUAAGCCCCAAGUUAUCAAGAAAAAAAUCAAACGAAAAUCAGUACCUCUUGAUCAAACCCCACAAGAUGCAGGUCCAACCAUCAGCAAAAAGAAGAGUAAAACUGUGAAGUCUGAAGAUGUAUUAGUAUCUGAAUCUCCCAAUGCGAGCUUGAAAUCAGAAAAAAAGAAAAAGAAAAGGAAGUUGGAUGAUACUGACAUGGACCUAGUGGACAGUGGAGCAGAGGAAGAUGUAGGCAUCCCUGAAAAGAAGCCAAAACUAACUCAGAAUGACCAGAAUGCCGAAAGACGCGUCAAAAAGAAAUUGAAAGAGGAAAAGAAGGUUGAAAACCCUGAAGAACUUGCUAGGACAAUAUUUGUAGGCAAUGUUCCUAUCAAGACAAAUAAAAAGAAAGUGAGGAGACAUUUCAAGAAGUAUGGACCAAUUGAAUCUUUGAGAUUUAGAGGAAUACCAGUGGCAGAUCCCAAAACAUCAAAAAAAGUUGCAGCUAUCAAAAAGGAAUUCCAUCCUGAUAGAAGCAAUGUAUACUGCUACAUAAGAUUCAUAAAUAAAGAAGAUGCUUUGAAAGCUGAAGAAGCAAAUGGUUCACUGUAUGAAGAUCAUCAUAUCAGGGUACACUGUUGUGGCAAUAAAGAGAAACCAGAUGAAUCAAAAGCUAUUUUUGUUGGUAACCUGAGUUUUGAUGCUGAAGAAGAUGAAUUAUGGAAAGUCUUUGAGUCCUGUGGUCCAAUAGCUCAUGUCAGGAUCAUAAGAGACUCCUAUACUGGAAUGGGAAAGGGUUUUGGCUAUGUGAAUUUCAGAAACUCAGAUGCUGUUCAGAUGGCUCUAGAAAUGGAGAAUGUGAAAUUGAAAGAUAGGGAAUUGAGGAUUUCACUUUCAAAUCUGAGUACUGCUAAGAAGAAUAAGAACAAGAAUAAAAAUAAAGUUAUUACAAAGGCUGGGAAGCCGAAACCAAGGAAACCUUUUGGUAGAAAAAGAGAUAGUAAUCCAGGAGAUUCAGCAGAUGGGGACCAUAGGCCUGAGAGACCAAACUGGGGGAAUCAUAACAAGGGAUUCCAAGGUGCAAAAUUCACAGACAACAAAAAGAAAUUCAAGAUGAACAAAGGGGUUUUAGAGAAAAACAGGAAAAUCAAGAAAAUUGCUCCCCUUGCAAAAUGAGGACCUGGAAUUUUGUUCAUAUUUUGUGACUUGAUUCCUUUCUGAUGAGAAUAGGUUUCAAAAAUAUCUAAAAUGAAUAUAUGGCUAGAAUAUU